AUGAAGGACGAGAAGCCUACUGAAGCGGAGCAGCAAAUUGAAAUUGAACAAAAUUCGACCACGAGUAGCUCUCCUGCUGAGACAGUAACAAUAAUAUCGACCGAGCCACCACCUUAUGAAACGGUUCAAGCAGACGUCAAAGUAGCUGUGGAAGAACAAUCAGCUUCUAAGGUCGCACCGACAGGGAGUCCGGUCGGAUUUCAUUUCGGACAAAUGCCUAUUCAGUGCAGAUGUCCAAACUGCGAACAAAGCAUUCUCACUCAUGUAGAGGAAUCCAGUGGUUUAUUUGCCUGGCUAGCUUGUUUAGUUCUUGUUUCCUUGGGUUGUUGGCUUGGAUGCUGUUUGAUUCCAUUUUGCAUCAAAGAACUCAAAACCAAAGUCCACUACUGUCCCAAUUGCCGAGCUGAAUUAGGCCGAUGGAAGUUCUUAUAA